UCUCAUCCAUUUCAUCUCUCUCUCUCUCUCUCUUAAACCGAUUGAGACACUCACACAGAUUCGGAUCCAUCCCAACCGGACCUUUCCGCCUGAUCUAUUCCGAUCGAUUCGCCGCCGUUAUUCUCGUCGCUGCUACUCUUCGGCGCCGCUGGACUUCCCGGAGCUCCGAUUUGGAUAGCCAAAUCACUCUCCUGUCUUGGCUCGAGAUCCGGGCCAAGCACAGAAGAAACGGAUUCUGGUUUCGGAUUCAGCAUUCUUCGAUUCUCACCGAUAUAGCGUAGAUGGCAUCGAGUGAGGGAUUUUUGACGAAUGAGCAGAGGGAAACAUUAAAAGUUGCCUGCCAAAAUGUGGAGGUUCUGUCAUCGUCGCCAAAGUCCCCUACAUCUUUCCUGUCUGAACAUCAUGUUAAAGCCCCUGCUGGUGGUAAGGCUCCAACAGCUGGGAUAGCUGUGAGGCAUGUGCGUCGGACACACUCAGGGAAGCUUGUGCGGGUUAAAAAGGAAGGAGGAGGUGGCAAGGGCACAUGGGGAAAGCUGCUUGAUACUGAUGGUGAAUCCCAUAUUGAUCGUAAUGACCCUAACUAUGACAGUGGGGAGGAACCAUACCAACUUGUUGGGGCAACUGUAGCGGAUCCGUUGGAUGAAUACAAGAAAACUGUCGCUUCCAUCAUUGAGGAAUACUUCAGCACUGAUGAUGUGGGACAGGCAGCAUCUGACCUCAGAGAACUAAGCUCAAGUCAGUAUCAUCCUUACUUCAUUAAGCGCCUUGUUUCCAUGGCAAUGGACAGGCAUGAUAAGGAGAAAGAGAUGGCCUCAGUUUUGCUCUCAGCUUUGUAUGCUGAUGUCAUCAGCCCUGCACAGAUUCAAGAUGGAUUUUAUAUACUUCUUGAUUCUGCUGAUGACCUUGCAGUGGACAUACUGGAUGCAGUAGACAUUCUUGCCUUGUUUCUUGCUCGUGCAGUGGUUGAUGACAUCCUUCCUCCGGCCUUCCUAACAAGGGCAAAGAAAGCACUCCCUGAAUCGUCCAAGGGAGUUCAGGUAAUUCAGACUGCAGAGAAGAGCUAUCUUUCAGCUCCACACCAUGCAGAACUUGUGGAGAGGAGGUGGGGCGGUAGUACUCACAUAACUGUUGAAGAGGUGAAGAAAAAGAUUUCUGAUUUGUUGAGAGAAUAUGUGGAAAGUGGAGACACUCUUGAGGCCUGUAGGUGCAUUAGGGAGUUGGGAGUUUCGUUCUAUCAUCAUGAGGUUGUGAAAAGAGCUUUGAUUAUUGGCAUGGAGACUCGGACAACUGAACCACUAAUAACGAAGCUAUUAAAGGAGGCAGCUGAGGAAGGCAUUAUUAGUUCCAGUCAGAUGGCAAAGGGCUUUUCUCGUUUGGCAGAGAGCCUCGAUGACCUUUCUCUUGACAUUCCAUCAGCAAAAACCUUGUUCCAGUCACUGGUCCCCAAGGCAAUAUCUGAAGGUUGGCUUGAUGAUUCAUUUGUGGAAUCCUUAGGUGAGGACGGUGAGGUGCAAGAUGGAGAUGAAAGGGUGAGGCAGUACAAGAAAGAGAUUGUGUCCAUAAUUCACGAAUACUUUCUCUCGGAUGAUAUUCCCGAGCUCAUUCAAAGCCUUGAAGAUCUUGCGGUACCUGAGUAUAAUCCCAUAUUCUUGAAGAAGCUGAUCACACUUGCAAUGGAUAGAAAGAACCGUGAAAAGGAAAUGGCAUCUGUUCUGCUUUCUGCCCUUCAUAUUGAGAUCUUCUCAACUGAGGACAUAGUUAAUGGAUUUGUCUUGCUUCUGGAAUCUGCAGAGGACACAGAAUUGGACAUCUUGGAUGCUUCAAAUGAGCUUGCUCUCUUUCUGGCCAGGGCUGUGAUUGAUGAUGUGUUGGCUCCGCUGAAUUUGGAAGAAAUUGGCAGCAGGUUGCCACCGAAUUGCAGCGCAACUGAGACUGUGCGAAUGGCUCAGUCACUGGUUUCUGCUCGUCAUGCUGGUGAGAGGCUCCUGAGAUGUUGGGGAGGUGGGACUGGCUGGAUUGUGGAGGAUGCAAAGGACAAGAUCACAAAGCUCUUAGAGGAGUAUGAAAGUGGGGGUGUCGUGGCUGAAGCCUGCCAGUGCAUUCGUGAUAUCGGAAUGCCUUUCUUUAACCAUGAGGUGGUGAAGAAGGCGCUGGUUAUGGCAAUGGAGAAGAAGAAUGACAGUAUGCUGGAUCUGCUUCAGGAGUGCUUCAGCGAAGGACUCAUCACAAUCAACCAGCUGACCAAAGGCUUCACCCGGAUCAAGGAAGGGCUAGAUGACUUGGCUCUCGACAUUCCAAAUGCAAGGGAGAAGUUCAGCUUCUACGUGGAGCACGCACAGGAGAAGGGUUGGCUUUUGCCGACCUUUGGUUCAUCUGCCGCGGAUGGUUCUCACUGACCAUAGGCUGCAAACUCUUGAGGAGAACAUGUAUUUUCAAUUGCUUCUCUCAUGUAUGUUGUUGCCCAUCUAUAUUUGUACUGUUUAAAUGUUGCUCUUGCACACCCUUAAAAAGGUGGAUCAAUAGUUAUUAUGGGUAUGGGAUAUUUAGAUUGAUUUUAUUCUGAUGCUUCCUUUUUCUUA